AUGGAUCAAAGUCCGUCGAAUGAUGAUGAUGCAUUGUCUGGAAGUCUGAAAAUGAGAAUACUUCUCCAAAAACGUCCGACAGUAAUCAAUUUGCGAAGUGAACGUGCAUUCAUCGGAAUCGCUGCCGGCGCCGCCCGUCAUCUGCUCAAACUUCGCUAUUUUCUAGCGACUGGUGUCAUUGGUGGAAGUGUUGCGGCGAGAUCGUGGUACGAAGAAUGGAAGUCCAAUCUGCCCGACCUCGCACUUCCCGAAUGGUUCGACGCAAACGGAUCAUGGAACGAGUUUUCGGAGAAAAUGAGAGGGAUAAAGGAUGGAUUUGGAAAAAGCGGCAUUGACGGAAAACAGAAAUGGGCUGAAUGGAUGGCCAAGUUUGAAGAGUUCAAACAGCAACAGAAGGACAAAAAAGAUGGGAAUAAUGAGGGAGGAGGGAGCGGAGAUGUGCCUGGGAAAGAACCCCUCGUUCUGGCCUCGUUGAUGUCUGCAUUCUCAUCAAAGAAGGAUGAAAAAGACGAGGAGAAAAAAGACACGACGGCGUCAGCAGAAGAGCGGAUUCAGAAGUUGCAAGAGGAGAUGUUGAAGACGCAAUCACAAUAUCAGAGAGAGUUGGAACGACUCGAAAAGGAGAAUAAAGUGUUGAAACAGAGAUUGUUGUUGUCGGAUGAUAAGGCGGCACAUCGUCUGAAACGACUGAAGAGAUCUCUGAUCGACAUGUACAGCGAGGUGCUCGAUUUGCUCAACGAAUACGACUCGUCCUACAAUACGUCCGACAAUUUGCCACGUGUUGUAGUCGUCGGUGAUCAGAGUGCCGGAAAGACGUCUGUACUCGAAAUGGUGGCACAAGCCAGAAUUUUUCCGAGAGGAAGUGGAGAGAUGAUGACGAGAGCGCCGGUUAAGGUAACGCUCUCCGAAGGUCCCUAUCACGUCGCCCAAUUCCGUGAUUCAUCCCGUGAAUUCGAUCUGACCAAAGAAUCGGAUCUCCAACAACUUCGAAACGAAACAGAAGUUCGUAUGCGUAAUUCUGUUCGAGACGGCAAGACGGUGUCGAAUGAAGUGAUCUCUCUGACAGUCAAAGGACCUAAUCUGCCACGAAUGGUUCUCGUCGAUUUGCCAGGUGUCAUCUCGACUGUAACUGCUGAUAUGGCGAGAGAGACGAAGGAUGAUAUCAUUCGAAUGAGUAAAGCGCAUAUGGAGAACCCGAAUGCCAUCAUUUUGUGUAUUCAGGAUGGAUCCGUCGACGCAGAGAGAAGUAACGUGACCGACUUGGUCAGUAGCAUUGAUCCAUCAGGAAAACGUACGAUUCUUGUCUUGACGAAAGUAGAUAUGGCUGAAAAGAACCUAGCGAAUCCGGAUCGAAUCAAAAAGAUUCUCGAAGGAAAGCUGUUUCCGAUGAAAGCGUUGGGAUACUUUGGCGUCGUCACUGGCCGUGGAAACAGUUCGGAUUCAAUUGAUGAGAUUCGAAAAUACGAGGAGAACUUCUUCAAUUCGAGUCAACUAUUGAGAGAUGGAGUACUGAAACCAUCUCAAAUGACAACUAGAAAUAUGUCUCUGGCGGUGUCCGACUGCUUUUGGAGAAUGGUUAGAGACUCGAUUGAAUCUCAAACUGAUGCUUUUAGAGCGGCGAAAUUCAAUCUGGAAGCAGAGUGGAAGAAUCAUUUCCUGAGAAUUCGACAGUUGAAUCGAGAUGAGUUGUAUGAUAAGGCUCGUGGAGAGAUUCUCGAUGAGAUUGUCAAUUUAUCACUGAUCGGAGUGGAAGAAUGGGAACGACUUCUUCAGGAGAAGCUGUGGUCUGAAAUCUCUUCUCAUGUAUUCGAUCAGAUAUUGAUGCCUGCUUAUGCGUCAUCGAGUUCUGGCUCUUUCAACACAACUGUUGAUAUCAAAUUGAAACAUUUUGCUGAUAAACAGUUGGCUCAGAAGAGCAUCGAAACUGGAUGGGAUACGUUGAAGGAGGUGUUCUUUAAGCAGAUUAAUCAGGAUGCGAGAACAAGAAAGGAUCAUGAUCCUGUCUUUGAUCCGUUGAAGGAAGCAGUAAUCGAAGAAGCGAUGCUAACCCACGGUUGGGAUGACAAAGCGAUGGAUUAUCUCCGAGUAAUCCAAUUGAAUGCAAUGGAAGAUCGUGCGGUUCAAGACAAACGAUCAUGGGAUUCCGCUUGCAAUUUCCUACAAAAAGCUGCAACGGAACGCCUGAACGCCGUCAAAAACCAGCUGAAAGAAGACCGAGGACCCGGAUGGACAUCGAGAUGGUUGAUGUGGAAGACGCCGACUGUCGACAAUCACUAUUCGUGUGUAAUUCAAGACGAACUUCAGGCGAUUCUGACGGCUGAUCCAGAGCAUAAACAAGCGCUGACUGAUGAUGAUAUAACAGUGAUUCGAAGGAAUAUUGAGACGAAAGGAGUCAUUGAGAUACCAACGGAAUCGAUUAGGAAACAGUGGAAAUUGGUGUUCAAGAAGCACUUUUUGGAGAGGAUUAUUAGUAGCAGCAAAGACUGUCAAUCGAUGUACCAAAUGUAUCGUCAAGGAAUGAUUGAAGGACAAGACAUUGACUGUCAGACGAUUGUUCUCUUCUACCGUAUCCAAAAGAUGGUUAAUCUGACGUGUAAUGCACUCAGACAACAGAUUACGAAUACAGAACAUCGGAGACUUGAGAAGGAAAUUAAGGAGGUGUUGGAUGAUUGGUCACAAGAACCAGAUAUCAAAAAGAAGUAUUUGACGGGACGAAGAGUCGAAUUGGCUGAGGAGAUUCGUGAGUUUUGA